UUUUUUUUUUUUUGAUCCGGACGUGCUAACGUAGGGGCGAGAUCAGGGGGUUGAUGCUUCAAAGCGAAGGCGCAGCCAGGAUUCAUUGCAAGGGGGUAAUGCUGUGUUUGUUCAGGUCGGCUAUCCCGUUCAUGAUCUUUUUACCGUCAAUACGUUGACAGAAUGUCAUCCAUUAGAGUAGAAAGAACCAGGUGGCGAACACAGGCGAGGGACAGUGACACAAAAUGAUGAAAUCAUAAAACAAUCUCACAUCUCUCAUUGCUGUGCUCCGCAAGAGGAAUUGGCAACCACAGUGUGUAUACUGCAAUCACUGUGCUGCCACUCCCUAUCCACACCGCCUUCCAAUCCUGGCUAGACGCUGGGAUUCUGCCCCGCGAGCAUGAGCUGGAGCUCAUCCGUGUUGGAGGCGGAUCGAUGGACCACCCGACCGCUGCAGCAUCGCCGGUCGACCUCAGCCCGCCACCCCCCUCCGAACCCUGCCCGGCCCCGACCCGACCGACCCGAGCGUGACUGCCGACAGGGCCCGCCAAGAUGCUGUCCGGAAUCCUAAUCUUCAACCAAAAGGGCGAGAACCUGAUCUUCCGCGCCUUCCGCAACGACUGCCGCCCGCGCCUCGCCGACGUCUUCCGCAUCCAAGUCAUCUCCAACGCCCAGGUCCGCUCGCCCAUCCUGACGCUGGGCAGCACCACCUUCAGCCAUGUAAAGCACGAGAACAUCUACCUGGUGGCUAUUACCAAGAGCAACGCCAAUGCCGCCCUCGUCUUCGAGUUCCUGUACCGCCUGAUACAGCUGGGGAGGGGGUACUUUGGCAAGUUCGACGAGGAGGCCGUCAAGAACAACUUUGUGCUUGUCUACGAGCUGCUUGAUGAAAUCAUCGACUUUGGCUACCCCCAAAACACAGAAACGGACACGCUCAAGAUGUACAUCACCACCGAGGGCGUCAAGUCGGAAAGGGCGCGGCCGGAGGAUUCGGCCAAGAUAACCAUGCAGGCCACGGGUGCGCUCUCGUGGCGCAAGGCCGACGUCAAAUACCGCAAGAACGAGGCUUUUGUCGACGUCAUCGAGGACGUAAACCUCCUCAUGUCCGCCACGGGCUCCGUCCUGCGCGCCGACGUCACGGGCCAGAUUAUCAUGCGCGCAUACCUCUCGGGCACCCCCGAGUGCAAGUUCGGCCUCAACGACCGCCUCCUGCUCGACGGCGAUGGCAUGAUGUCGCUGCCCAGCGGCAACCGCAUGGGCACCAAGGCCACCAAGGCCGCCGCCGGAAGCGUCACGCUCGAGGACUGCCAGUUCCACCAGUGCGUCAAGCUCGGCAAGUUCGACUCGGACCGCAUCAUCUCCUUCGUCCCGCCCGACGGCGAGUUCGAGCUGAUGCGCUACCGCGCCACCGAGAACGUCAACCUCCCUUUCAAGGUCCACGCUAUCGUUAACGAGGUCGGCAAGACAAAGGUGGAGUACAGCAUUGGCGUCAAGGCCAACUUUGGCCCCAAGCUCUUCGCCACAAACGUCGUCGUGCGCAUCCCCACCCCGCUCAACACGGCCCGCAUAUCGGAGCGCUGCACCCAGGGCAAGGCAAAGUACGAGCCGUCCGAGAACAACAUCGUCUGGAAGAUCGGCCGCUUUGCUGGUCAGGCCGAGUUUGUCCUCUCGGCCGAGGCCGAGCUCACCCACAUGACCAACCAGAAGUCCUGGAGCCGCCCGCCCCUGAGCAUGAAUUUUAGCCUGCUCAUGUUCACUAGCAGCGGCUUGCUGGUGCGUUAUCUCAAGGUCUUUGAGAAGAGCAACUACAGCAGCGUCAAGUGGGUCAGGUACAUGACCAGGGCUGGAAGCUACGAGAUCCGCUUCUAGCCGCCAUUUGAGUUCCAAGGUAGACGAGAAAUCGCGUCUGUCCUAGUGAGUCUCCUUGUGUCUUGUGCUUCUGCGGCAUGGCGCGGCGUUUCGUCUUUUCUCGUCUUUGUUAGGCUUCCGCCCGGGUUCUAUUGGUAUAAACAGGUGAUAUUGAACCAGGCCAUAUCAACAACACGUUAUUGUUAUGUCAGCCAGCUUAUAUUACUUCGACUUUGGCAUAACAAUUGAAACAGUCGACAAAUAAACCAAAACCCGUGUAUUAUCCUGGUUUCCAAAGUUCCACCCAUAAUCUGCAACAACCUCCGGGAAAUGACUACCUGUCUAGCACCGAUCGUAUGCUCUUUGGCACAGGCAAUUCAGGUUGACUUACAAUCUCAAUCCACCGAGCCAUCCACUUCUCGAUGACAGCCUUGGCCUCGUCGACCAGGCCAAGCUCCAGAAGCAGCUGCACGCUGCCCCUCAGAGCGCUCUCGAUCGCCGAGGCAAUCCAGCCAUGAGUAUAGGAAGUAUGCUCGCCGACGAACACGACACCGUCGUGCGUCUUGAAGUACUCUGGGAUAAACAGCUCGUGCUGGCCCACGGUCGGGCUCGCCCAGCUCCCGGACUGCAGGGGGUCGAUCUCCCAGCAGACCCUGUCGUGCUUGCCCGUGUACAGGCCGGCGGCCGCGGGCCCGUGGAUCUCGAGGAUGGCGUCCAGGACGUACUGCACGUGCUCGGCCUCGCUGAGCCCGCCGAACCUGCUCCCAAAGUGGUUGUCGAAGAUGUAGCUGCCCAGGAUGGACGCCGGGCCGGUGCCGUUGAUGUUGUACGACGGGUAGCAGAUGGUGCCGAUGCCGGGGAUGUCGGUCGUGGUCGAGCAGCCGCCGUAGAUGGGCUUGGGCAGGCGCGUCUCCCAGAAGCGCUCGCUGAACUCGAGCGCCACCUUACACGCGUCGGCGUAGGGCAUCUGGCGCAUGGCGUUGGUGAUGGUGGCGUCGAGGCGCGGGCUGAAGCGCCACUGCUUGACGACGGUGAAGGGCACGCCGACGACGGCGAAGUCGUACGUCGACGACUUGAACUCGGUGUCGGUCGGCUUGUCGCGCCACUGCAGCGUCACCGUCUUGGCGGCCGCGUCGCGCCGCACGCGCUCGAUCUUGCGCCCGAAGGUCGUGGCCCCACCCACGAGCGGCUCGAAGGCCAGCGGGAGCCGGUUCAGGCCGCCAUCGAUGGUGGACCAGGUCGCGGCGUUGAAGUAGAGCUCGUCGUAGAUCUAGAGAUGGUGUGAGAAGGGGUGAAGGUGGGACGAGGGUUAAGAAAAGGGGGGGAUUUGGCGACUGCUUACGUCGGUCCAGAAGCUCUCGGAGCCCUCGCCUGCCAGGAUGCUGGUAUCGUUGAGGCUCAGGCCGAGGUAGUUGACCAUGAAGGCGAACUCGCUCCAGCGGUCGCCGGGCCCCGGGAGGGAGCCAACGCCAUUCUUGAC